AUGGCUGAGGAAUUGCAACUGGCUUGGAUGGGAGAUUUCGACUCACUGAAACAGUUUGUCAGUAAAAAACUUAAUCUAAACGGCGAAUGGGUUAGUCCAGGAGGCGAUAAGAAAUUAUUUAAUGAUGGCUACAUAUCUAUUUCGUGGCGGAAAAAUAAGAAAGCCUCACUGAUCGACGGCGAUGAUCGGGAUAAAUUUAAGAGUAAACUCUGCAGGAUGAUCUGUGCGAACGACUUCAACAAAGGGAAUAUGUGCGAAGAAACUAAGACUGUGAAUGUUGAAUGCCGGUCCGCCUCUCCUAUCCGAGCGCCGCUAAGCGAGCUAUCAACCGAGGUUGAAGGCAUUAAACUCGAUGUAACGAUAGCAGAGCGGGAAAUAGAAGUAAACAAGAGUGCUAUAAGCAAAGUUGAGAGCAAUCUACACGAGAUAAAAAGUGGUUACGAAGAUCUUCGUCUACAGUUCAAUGAAUACAAGAAAAUAACCGAAGUAUUAAUUCAGAGAGACAGGUUUCAACAGUCGACAACAUUUGAAUAUUCAAAUGUGAUCGAUAAAGUUAAUCCAAGCGAAACUAAACGGUACCAAGAUGAAGUAAGCCGGCUCGAAAAGGACCUUUCUAGUGAGAGGGAGAAAUGCAAGCGCUUGGAAGCUGAUCUGUCGAUUCUAAUCAAAGGAAGAUCUUGUGAAGUUAAUGAAUUGAACGAUAUUAUUGCCUCUCUUGAAUUUAAACUUAAAGCCACUGAGGCGACUAAUGUCUCCUUGACAGAUCUAAUUAAGACCAAAAUCUCCAAUUCAAAGCAGAAUGAAAUUUUCCCUAGCAACACUGUCACAAAGAACGAUCAACAAUGCGCGGUCAAUCAUGUAGAACAAAGCAAUCUUGUCCUUAAUCGAGUUUUGGGUGAGGAAAACUCCCCGACCGACCUUGCACAGAAGUCGCACGUGACUUCCAAUCUAGUCGUUUCCAACAAUAGACGCGUCGAGGAAGACUUAUCAGUUAAGGAUAAUCAGUUAAUUUUAAAUAGUGAUAACAGCCCAGCCGACCUACUACAAAGCCAUAAUAAUAACCUGAUCAAUGGCGUCAAAUCUCACGACGGUCAGCACAUGAAAGGUAAUUCGAAUGCAAGGAAAUUGCCAAAUAUCACCGAACUCAAAUCCCUACCUCAAGUCCCUGGAGUGUCAGCUACUAUGAAUGAAGUCGACAACAAGGUUGACACUUAUCCCAUUAUCGAUGGUCACCACUGCAGUUUGAGGAACGCCAGUUCAUCAACUUUUAAUGUUCUUAAAGACAUAGAAUUUUUACCCCUAAUCAGUCUCAACGAAUCUCUAGAAUACAGUCAUCAAGCUCCUGUUGAUUUCAUACGUCCUUUUCAGGAAAAUCCGGGACGGAAGCCACCCCCCUCGAUUGUUCGAUCCCAUCAGCGAUCCCCAGAAUGGCUAAAUCACCUAGUCCUUGUUCGUCAAUUAAUGAACGCGUAAUUAGUUCCAAUACUGCUGAUAUUAACUAUCCAAAGAAUAUUAAUAUAAUAUCGCGGCGAAGUAAUAAAAAUAAUUUGAAUUCUGUUCCGACUAUUGAACUUGUUUGCAAAAUUCCUACUAGAAUUACAGUUCGUCGAAAUAAUUUAUGUGCCAAGACAAGGCCGAGAACUCAUGCAAGGAAAGUUAAUGUCAACAACUUAGUAUGUGUAAAUUUUGUCUCAAAUCCAAAACCAGAUAUGUUACGUUUUGCAACGAUUAACGCUAGAUCACUAAGAAAUAAGGUAGCUGUAUUCUCCGACUAUAUUGUUGAUCAAAAUAUUGAUGUUUGUGUUGUAACUGAGACUUGGUUGAAGGACAUGGACACAACAAGCAUUGCAGGCGUUUGUCUCCCUGGAUAUUCAUUGAAAUCAUUUCCCCGUCAAUCUAACAGAUCAGGAGGAAGCACAGGCGUAAUGUUUAACACCAAUUUAUAUGUCUCUCUUUCUCGUGGUGGAGAAACGCAAUCCUUUGCAUAUUCAGAGUGGAAUUUUUCCAUACUUGAACAUUCUAUUAAAUUUAUUGCUAUCUAUCGUCCACCUUAUUCCGUUGCUCACCCUGUUCUACCUGGAAAAUUCUUUGAAGAAUUCUCAAACUAUUUGGAGUAUAUUGUUCUAUAUCCAGAAAUUCUAUUGAUUACCGGGGACUUUAAUUUUCACUUGGAUGAUACGGUUAACAGAAACACGAUAAAAUUUAAUGAGAUGCUUGAAACAUUUGGCCUCAAACAACAUGUUUGUACUCCAACACAUUCGUCCAAUCAUACACUGGAUCUAUUGAUAAGUCGAUCUACAAGUGACAUUAAUAUCCUUUCGAUUGAGAGUACUUUCUUUCUGUCCGACCAUUGUUUUGUAGAAUGUAAAUUAUCUAUUCCUCGUCCGAAUGACUCCAAAAAGCUAAUUUCUUAUCGUGAACUGAAAAAGAUUAACAUUGUUGACUUUAAACUUGAUCUAAGCAAUGUGAAUUCACAUUGCGAAAACAUUGCACAUCUUGAUGAAUUAGUGCAUUGCUAUGAUGACGUACUUUCACGUAUUUUAAAUACCCAUGCUCCUGUCCGAAGAAAGCUAAUGAAAGUUAAGCGUUCAACUCCUUGGUACAAUGACGAACUAAGACAAUUGAAAGUAAAGCGUAGGAGACUAGAGAGAAAGAUGCGGAAAACAAAAUUAGAAGUAGAUUGGACUGCCUAUCGGAAAAUAUGUAACCGAUAUUGUUACUUGUUGAAUAAAGCCCGAACUGAUUAUUAUACUUCCCUUAUCAGUGAUAGCUCCAACGAUCCAAAGAAUCUUUUCAGAAUUGUGAGCUCCCUUUGUAAUGCACCGCAUGAAGAUCCCUUACCACCUCAUGACGAUCUUGGUCAAUUAGCAAAUAGGUUCAACGAAUAUUUUUUCCGCAAAAUUGAAUUGAUUAGAGAAAAUGUGGACAGUAUCCAUGUCGAUCCUCCGUUGGUGCAUUACCGCAAUCCUGAAGUCAAAUUAAAAUCUUUUGAGAUACUUUCUUCCCAGGAUAUUCAUGAUGUUAUUAUGCAAUUGUCCAGUGCCAGCUGCAAGCUUGAUCCGAUCCCACCAUGGCUUGUUAAAGUCUGUUGUCUGGAACUAAUUCCCUCUAUCACCAAAAUUGUAAAUUUAUCCUUGCAGGAGGGUCGUGUCCCAGAUCACUGGAAAAUUGCUUUGCUGAAACCAAAUCUGAAAAAGUCUAGCUUGGACCCAGUAUUUGAGAACUUUAGGCCUGUGAGCAAUCUGUCAUUUCUUUCUAAGAUCACUGAAAAGGCAGCCGCCAACCAAUUGCUGAACCAUUGUGAAAAACAUGCACCUCUCCCUACCUGUCAAUCUGGCUUCAGGAAAUAUCAUUCGACAGAGACGGCUCUGCUAAAGGUGCAAAGCGAUAUUCUUCUGAGUAUGGACAGGCAGGAAGUGUGUUUUCUUGUACUCUUGGACUUAAGCUCAGCGUUCGAUACAAUUGAUCAUAAAACUAUCAUUGACGUAUUGGAGUAUCAAUUUGGAGUGACGGAUAGGGCUCUUGAAUGGAUAAAAUCAUAUCUAUUGAACAGGAAACAGAGAGUUGAUCUGGAUAACAAUUUUUCUGAAGACUGCGAUGUUAAGUACGGAGUGCCUCAAGGGAGUUGUCUUGGCCCCAUACUUUUUCUGCUUUAUGUAUCCCAACUAUAUGACAUUAUUGACAGGCACUUACCCUCUUCUCAUGGAUAUGCUGAUGACACGCAACUUUAUGUAUCCUUUCGCCCAGAUUGUGAAGAUAAUUCAGAAAGUACCCUAGCCGCACUGGAAGAUUGUAUUUCUGAUGUUCGUACUUGGCUGUUGUCUCAUAAAUUAAUGUUCAAAGAUUCGAAAACGGAAUUUCUUGUAAUUGGUACACCACAACAACUUUUGAAAAUAAACAUUGAAUCCGUUAACGUUGGUGGGGUCCAAAUUAAGCCGGUUGACAGUGUUCGAAACUUGGGAUCUUGGUUUGACAAGCAUAUGUCAAUGUCAGUUCAUGUAGGCAAGAUGUGCAGUAAAGCAUUCAGAGGACUUUAUAAAAUACGACAAAUUAGAAAAUUUUUAUCUACUAAUACAACGAAAACUUUGAUACAUGCUUUCGUGACAUCACACGUGGACUAUUGUAAUGCUCUGUUGGCUGGCAUACCUCAGUAUCAAGUCCAGCGAAUGCAGAGAGUUCUUAAUGCCGCUGCUAGACUAAUCUACCACUGUCCAAGAUUUUCUCACAUCACCCCAGUUUUGAGAUCACUUCACUGGCUACCGGUAAAAUUCCGGGUGGAAUUCAAAAUUGCCUUACUGGUUUACAAGGCUCUUAAUAACAUUGCCCCUAUCUAUAUCUCUGAAAUGCUUAUUCCAAAACAAUCAAGUGAUCGAUGGACAUUACGAUCGGAUGGUCAAGGUCUACUAUACAUCCCCAAAACAAACUGUAAGACUCUCGGAGAUCGGGCUUUCGCACAUGCUGCUCCACAAUUAUGGAAUUCUCUGCCUUUGGAUGUCAGGAACUGUGAAAACAUUUCUGUGUUUAAGAAACGCUUGAAAACAUUUCUUUUCAAUAAGGCUUAUAACCCUUUAUAGGUUGAGACCAUAUUGGAUUCUAUCAUUCUUAUUAUAGAUACAUACAUUAAUGUAUAUUCUAAUUGUAUACAAUACCAUGUUUUAUAUAGCAUAUUUAAUUCUUAAUAUAUUUAGAUUUUUAUAUAAUGUACAGCGCUUCGAGUAUAUAAUAUAACCUAUGCGCUUUAUUUAAAUGAAUAAAUUAUUAUUAUUAUUAUUAUUAUAAUGGCGGGAGUAUUAAUGGAACAUUGUAUGUCGCAUUGUAUGGAAAUAUUUUACGAUCUUUGGUGGUUCACUCAAACUCACUGAGCCUCAAACUGUCGAAAUUAAAAGGUUUGUCAGCUAUUUCAGUAAUUUAACAAGGGAAUGUUUGGGAUCUGUGUACUGUGUUUAUAGAUGUAGAUUUAAACGAGUGAAUCUGUGUGUGACUGUGUGUUGAUAUUUAUGAUAAAUACUGUAGGUAUAGGUAUAUUUGUCGUAGUAUAAAUAUCACAAUUUUACAAAAUUUACUAUAUUUGAACUGUUUUAAAUAUGUCAACAUGGAUGAUUCUGUUUUGGCUGUUCACAUAUAAACACUCAAUAUGCCAUUCAGCCAUUAUAUAGUGUGUGUAGGGGGGGGUGGGGGGUGGAGGUUGUGUCUUAAUUUGUUUGAAAAUGCAAAUUGAAUCUAGAUGCUUCAUAAUAUUUUGCAGUUCUCCCUGAGAUUCUUACAGUCUAAGGGAGUCUGUCUAGGGUCCUGCAACCCUUACUAGCAGCUAUAUUCCUGGCACCUGCCGGUGACUUGGCCGGUUACCUGUUAGGUGCUGUUUCCCCGGAACACUGCUAUCUGUAUGAUUACACACCAUGCCUUGGUAGAUGCUCACACCCGACAUCAAUACCGGCACCUAAUUAGAUCCCUCCCAUAUCCAAAUCUAUCCCUGUAUGUGCAUCAUUUUGGAAAUGGGAAGCUCUUGAAAGGGCAAUGUUUUUUUUGAUAGUGAGAUUAGUUCAGUUAUAUAUUAUCUCUAUUGUUCCAGAAUGAUCACCUAGUACCAGAAGCCAUCAAUCACACUAAAUGGCAUUACAUGUAUCAGGGUUGCCCCUGCCAAG